ACUGAGAAUAAGGGACAUCCCCAUCUACCGGUACUACGGAGAGCCAAUAAUAUGUGAAUGUUGUUUUUUGGUGGUAUUUUGUUAUGAUCUCAUUUCACAUUGAAUGUGCAUAAAUGGCGAAAUAAACAUCUAAUUUUAGCGCUGAAAUUAAUGGGUAUUUUUUAAUGAUUAAUUUUUCAUACCCCCAGUGAAAAUGACUUUAAAAAGUUAAUAUGGAAUAGUAAUAUGGCGAUAUUGAACCCUUACUCUGGCGUGCCGUAUUUUGGUAAAGACUGGGAGCCGUCUAGACUAGACUACAGCGAAUUUUUUCGACUCGAGUCGGCCCUAUUGUCCGUGUCAUCACUCGCGCUCGCCGAUCGAAUAAACGCAAUACACCUCUCAAACUAAGUUAGGUUUAAUUUGAAAUCAUUGGUAAUGGGUUCUAGGACAUCCUCACUCCUUCAGCAGGAGGAAAUUGAAGAAAUUCAGCAAGAAACUGGUUUUUCUCCUAAACAAAUAGUCCGCUUGUACAGUCGCUUUACAAACUUGGAUAAGAGUGACAGAGGCAUGCUCAGGGUGGAGGAUCUGUACCGGAUUCCAGAGUUGGUGAUCAACCCAUUAGGAGAACGCAUCAUCCAGACCUUCUUCCUCGAAUGUGAAUCUGAUCAGAUUAACUUCAGACAAUUUAUGACGACAUUGGGCCUCUUUAGACCCUAUCACAAGAAACAUGAUGGACUUGAAGCUAUCAACACAAGAGAAAAGAAACUUAAAUUUGCCUUCCAAAUGUACGAUGUUGACAACGAUGGCAGCAUAGCACGGGAUGAGCUGCUGGUAUUACUUCAUAUGAUGGUUGGAAGUAACAUCACAGAAGAACAGCUUGGUGCUAUCGCAGACCGUACCCUCACAGAAGCAGACUUAGAUCAAGAUGGUCAGAUCUCAUUUGAUGAAUUUCUCAAGGCCCUUGAGAAGUCUGAUAUCGAGCAGAUGAUGAGCAUUCGCUUCCUCAACUAGAGUCCAGCAUUCUGCAAAAAAUAUCAAAUAAAUCAAAACUAUGAAAAACUGAAAAUGCAAGAAAGAUUUGGAAGUAUACAAGAGCCUGAUGUGCCAUUCAGAAUGUCUGGAGUUAAUGACAACCAUGCUUCCUACUUGUGGAAAUACUGUAGGUCUAUACUAGGCCAGAUGGCAGUUGGUGUUUUUAAGGCUGUUUAGAGAUGCAAAAUUCUUGUCUUGAUAUUGUAACAAAUGAAGAAGCUCCAUUCCGUUGAACUUAAUUCACAAUCAUCACCCUUUGUGUCAUAGCCGCUGCACACUGUAGUCAAGAUUAUGGAUGAUACAUCCUUGGAGAAUGGCUUUGAUAAGAUAUUCCAUGAGGACAUUGUGUUAUAUUAGGCCAUCUCCUACGAGUAUGUAAAUAAGCCAUUCUGUUUCAUACAGACGUAAAGGUUUGAUAUUGACUUGUCUUGUAAUAAUGAAAUAACUUUACCUAUUGCAUGAUGACAAGUGUUGAAUUUGUAAUGAAAUUGCAAAGGCAUAAACUGCUACUUUUUCAGAAUUGAUUACUGGAUACACUUUUGGUUUGGGAAAACUCUUACGUAUAUUGUGCUCCUAUAGAUAUCUCGAGAAGAAAUGGUGAAUUGUCUUUUUUUUCUACCAGGAGUAUCAUGUUUCAGCCCUAAAAACACUGCAAUGAUGGUUCCAUUCAACAUUCCUGAACUUCUGACUUAUGAUUUUCAUUAGAGAUCGAGCAAGCGAUCUUAAACACAAAGGAGUAAUGCCGAAAAUUUGUUUACAAAUUCCUGAACUUGUUGCUCAAGAAAUGUAAAUUUUAAGGUCAUAUUAGUCAACUGCAGAGUGUUGUUGCUUUGAAUUUCAUAUCAUCUUCAGUUGCUUGCCAUUUGCUCCACUCUGGAGAUAAGAUCAUAAUUAACCACAGUUGAAAGAGUACUGAAUUAUGCAUAUGUACAUUAUGUGAUAAUGGAUGAUUAUUUGUAUAUUUUAUUUCAAUGGGCAUACAUAAACCAUUGAAUUACAUUUAUCUGAAGAUAAAAUAAAGCAUGUUUUGCCAAGGAUGGGAUUUUGACUCAAUACACAGUGGCUUGUUACAUUUAUCUCUGUGACCAGACAAGUUUUUUUAAAUAUUUUUUUAACAUGCUAUAAAUUGGUUGUGAUCUGAAAAUCAUGUGUACUUUGUUUAAUUUUGCACAUGAUUUCAUUUCUUUUUUUUGUAGCUGGUAAUAGACAAACAACAGUACUUGAUAUGAGAGUGAACUAUUACUUUAUUGUUAAUGUAAAAAAAAAAAUCACCAUUAUUUUUAGAUAUUAUGUCUUUAUCUUGUAUUGGGUGUAAGGCUAAAAUAUCAAUUUAUAAUGAUUGAUUAUUGAAACUCAUCAGAAAGUGAAAUCAUUCUUAGCUUCACAAUUUGUGUGAAAUAUUAUCAUGUUUUUCAAGCCUAAUUCGCAGAAAUAAUUGUAUUUCCUCAGUGUCUUGUCCAAGACAAAGUAAGGACUGUUUAAUGAGCAAAAGAUACAAGUGGAAAAGAAGAAAAAUGUCAUUACUCUCCUUUCUAUUCUUAAUGGACUGCAAAACAUAAAAAGUAGACAUUACUUCUAAUUUUUUUUUUCAUUAAAAAAUUAUAAGAUCACUAUGCAAAAUGGCCUCCAUGCAAUGCCAAGGAAUUGUAUACUGCAGUUUCUAACAGAAUAUAUUGACUUAUAGCUUACACAUGUAAGUUGGUUAAUCAGCAUCAUUCUUGCAGAAAAAUAUUAUCCAUUUAAAAGAUAUUUGAACUUGGAUUAAUGAUAUCUACAGUGACCAUGAAAAUGAUAUUUUAGAUUAUAAUGUAAUCUGUGUGAAAUAAUUAUAUAUGGUUAUAAUGGUAUUGGAUAUAUCUUUAACUUCAAUUUACUUUUCUCUUCAGGUUUCAAGUAAACUAAUCAGCCAUCUAUCUGGGUUUUUUUUUUCAUCCAGUAAAUUAUAUUGAUUACCACACCAUGGUGAAAUACUCUCAUGAAUCCCAGCAAUAAUUCUAGUAUUAUUCUCUACAAACUGUGAAAGGGCUUUGUAUCAUAAAGGGAUACACUUGAUAUUUACCAAUUUAUUGUACUUACAAUCAUAGAUGUACUUACAAUCAUAGAUUUAAGUAAUAAAGUAAAAAGAUUUGAGGAAGCAUUUGAGGAAUUGAAUUUAUUCCUACUAGGUAUCCAUUCACCUCACCUGGGUUGAGUGAAGCACAAUGUGGAUAAAUUUCCUGCCAAAGUAAAACAUGCUAUGACUAAGAAUUGAACCCAUGUCCCUCAUAUUGAAAGACGAGAGUCCAUAUAACCACCAGCCCAUGAUGCCCCCAAUUUUAAGAGACUAGCCUAUUUUCAAUAUAGGUCAGUAAAGGUAUAUAUUUCAACUACAGGGAUAACUUACUCUGAAAAGGUUUUCAUUAUCAGCUAUGAUGCAGGUUAAUUCAAAUCAAGUAGAAAUACUUGAAAAUGGUUAUUUCUAUGCAAUGCGUCAUACACUUCCGACUAUUUGUUCAAAUGUUUCCCAGAGUAGGCUUGCAUAAAAAAAUGUGGGACUUAUUUUAGUUGGAAUAUGGUUUACUAUUUUUGUUAUUUAAAAAAAAUAUAUUCGAUUAUUUUUUUAUUCAUUUAGUUCUACUUUCUUUCUUUCUUUAUAUGUAUAUACUUUUUUUUUUGGGGGGGGUAAGCCCUUUCUUAAAUGCUGAUAUUUGAGAAGUCCCUUUCACCUAAGCUAUUUUAUCUUAAAAUCAUAUUUACAUGUAAAUCAUGAACAUAUAUUUCCUUUUUAAUUUCACAUUACUGAUUGCUGUUAUAAGAAUAUAAUUUGGAUGAUGAAAAAAGCCUGCAUAUAUAGAGUGAUCAUAACAAUUCCCUUUAGAUAUUCAAAUGUAGCCAGCUGUCAUUUUAUAAUUUUUAUGUUUUCUGAGAUAAUUAUUGAUCAAAAUUUAUUUCGAUAUUAUAUACAUAAUGUUAUAUAUAGAGUAUAAGAAGUGAUAAUAUGUGGUUAUUGUUUGUAUUAUUCAUUAUUUCUUUAUGAAGAAAAUUAUAUGUAUAAUUUAGUGCAAUUGUGAAAAUAUUAUAUUUUUUGGACGUAGUAAACAGUGUUUACAAUUUAUGCUUUGAUUGGAAAGAUAUGCAUUACAUGUAUUAAGUUUGUGUACAUGCAUUUGUUUGUUCCAUUUCUGGAAGAAAACAGUAUCUUUAAUGCUUUUCUGAAUGAAACCAAACUCAUAGAUAUGUUCUGGUACCCAAGGUGUGAAGUGUACUGACCACUUUUUUGCAAAUAGUAUGGUUUGCUUUGUUUUGGGGCGAUCAAGCCUUUGCUCAUGCCGGACCAGCCCUGUGGAAUUCACUACCACAAAAGCUGAAGAACUCAAACUCUGCCACAUUCUUUAAGGGAAACCUAAAUUUGCAUUUGUUCACCAGCAGGUACUAGGUUUGAAUACAGACAUGUUUCCUCAUUUGUAAUUUACCCUUUCUUGUACUUCUCUUCUCUUUACUUUUACGUUUUGCUCUCUUCUAAGCGCCUUGAGCAUUUAAUCAAAAUGGAAAAGACGCAUUAUAAAUCAUAUGUAUUAUUAUUCUAAAUAUCAUAGAUGUACUGAAAUCUAGAAUAUCGGAAAUACAGAAAAUAUUUAUUUCAAAUUUCGCUCACAGAGCAAAUUUUACAUUGACUCUUUGCCAACCAUUUUCAUGUCAUUGUUUACAUGUGUAUUUCGUAAGGGUCUAAUUGAACACUUGACUAAAGAAUUAUGCAGCAGAGGGUUCAUGGACUGAAGGCUUUUGAAACCAGUUUACCCCCAUUUUCCAAUCUGUUUUUUUACUUCCUUUCUCUGAAAGUCUUUAUAAGAUUUAAGGGCUCAUUAUUUUAUAGGAGCAAGGGUUCUAGAACAAAUCAAAAUAAAGUAAGAUUGAAAACAAAACAAAAUAAGGUUAUGGUCUUGUAUUGAUGUACAGGUGAGGCAGACAUUGAGAUCUUCUGUCUUAAUUAAAUGGGAAUAUACAAUUUCAGGGAACUUGGUCUCCUGGACUUUCAGUCAACUUAGGUGUCACGCACGUAAAACAUUCCCCAUAGACUUGUGUGUUAAAAUGGCACUUUUGAAAAAUUCAUAAAAAAUAAAUGUGAAAUUAGAGGGUGGAAUGUUUACUACCAAUGGAUAGGAUAUAUAUCUGACAUUCCAAAUCUGACCAGGAAAGGGUACCGUAGCCAGCUCAUUUUAAAAAUAAAUCGCCAUUUAUGAAGAUAACUAUGAAUCGAUCGAAUUCAUCAACUGAAACAGUAAAAUAGCCCUAAUUAUUCCGCCAGUCAAAAAAUAGUUCCAAAUUACUUAUUUAUCUUCCCAAUUUGGGCGAAGUAAGUUCAGUAGUUACCAUUUCUAGAAUCAGUGUUAGAUUUUGAAUCACAUUCAUACAUUUUUGUCAAUCAGCAAUAUCAAAUUGACAAAAAUUCGAAUGGGUUGGGUCGAACGAAUAUCUUUAGCCCUCCUGAUGUAAUUAGGCUCGUGGAACCUAUAUUAUGUGACUUAUGUAUUUUAUUUUUUUGAAUAGCUACUUUUCUAUUCUUUUAUAUCUGUACACUCACACUAGCACAAAGAAAUACAUUGAAAAUGCCUAUUUUCUAUGCAAUGACCCAUUUUAAUGUGUUACCCAUACAUGUUAUUUUCACUAUUUAUGGAUGUAUACAAAUCCUACCUGCAUAUAGCCCAACAGUGAAUGCAAUGACAAUAUAGGUCCCUAUCAAUUGUAAUAUAAAAGUGUAUGUAAAUUCUGUGUAGAUAUCAGGAUACCAGAACUGUCCCAAACAUAAUUACCAAAUAUACAUGAGAUUGGAUGAGGAAACAAUAAAAGAAUACUAAUUUAGUAUA